GGGGAAAGAGACCCGCCCCCCCUUGAGAAGAGAAACCGCAGCCCCUGCAGGACGGGGGCCUGUGCGUCGCCAUGGGCUCCGCCGCGGCCCCCGAGGGAGCCCUGGGCUACGUCCGCGAGUUCACUCGCCACUCGUCCGACGUACUCGGCAAUCUGAACGAACUGCGCCUGCGCGGGAUCCUCACUGACGUCACGCUGCUGGUCGGCGGGCAACCCCUCCGGGCGCAUAAGGCGGUUCUCAUCGCCUGCAGUGGCUUCUUUUACUCAAUUUUCCGGGGCCGAGCAGGAGUGGGGGUGGACGUGCUCUCUCUGCCCGGGGGCCCCGAAGCCAGAGGUUUUGCUCCUCUCCUGGAUUUCAUGUACACGUCGCGGCUUCGCCUCUCUCCCGCCACCGCACCAGCAGUUCUUGCAGCAGCUACCUACUUGCAAAUGGAACAUGUGGUCCAAGCAUGCCACCGCUUCAUCCAGGCCAGCUAUGAACCUCUAGGCAUCUCCCUACGGCCUCUGGAGGCAGAACCUCCCACACCCCCAACAGCUCCUCCACCUGGCAGUCCCAGGCGAUCAGAAGGGCAUCCAGACCCACCUACUGAAUCUCGAAGCUGCAGUCAAGGGCCCCCAAGUCCAACCAGCCCAGACCCCAAAGCUUGCAACUGGAAAAAGUACAAGUUCAUUGUGCUAAACUCUCAAGCCUCCCAAGCAGGAAGCCUUGUAGGGGAGACCAGUUCUGAUCAACCUUGCCCCCAAGCCAGGCUCCCCAGUGGAGAUGAAGCCUGCAGCAGCAGUGAAGAAGGAACCACACCUGGCCCCCAGAGCAGAUUCUCUCCAGCUGCUACCACUGGACAGUUCAAAUGUGGAGCUACAUCGAAUACCCCCUAUUUCCUCACACCUCGGGCUCAAGAAGCCAUUAGAUCACCCUUUGAACGGGCUCAUCCACCACCAGGAAGUGAGUUUUUCAGCUGCCAGAACUGUGAGGCUGUGGCUGGGCGGUCAUCUGGACUGAACCCUUUGACUCCGGGAGACGAGGACAAGCCCUAUAAGUGUCAGCUUUGCCGGUCUGCCUUCCGCUACAAAGGCAACCUGGCCAGUCACCGCACUGUGCACACAGGGGAAAAACCUUACCACUGCUCCAUCUGCGGAGCACGAUUUAACCGACCAGCGAACCUGAAAACUCACAGCCGCAUCCAUUCAGGAGAGAAACCCUACAAGUGUGAGACCUGCGGCUCGCGGUUUGUGCAGGUGGCGCAUCUGCGCGCGCACGUGCUCAUCCACACUGGGGAGAAGCCCUAUCCCUGCCCUACCUGCGGAACCCGCUUCCGUCACCUACAAACUCUCAAGAGCCACGUUCGCAUCCACACGGGAGAGAAGCCUUACCACUGCGACCCCUGUGGCCUGCAUUUCCGGCACAAGAGUCAACUGAGACUACAUCUGCGCCAAAAACACGGAGCUGCUACAAAUACGAAAGUGCACUAUCACAUUCUGGGGGGGCCCUAGUUGGGUCUCUGCCCAUGCUACUCGCCCUCUGGGGGGGCCAGAAAAGCUGCAGGUUCAGGCCUGGCUUCCCUAUAUGUCUUAUAUAGAAGUGUACAGGACCACUCUGCUAUCAGAAACUGCUGCCACCUUAAUCUUUUGGUGGGGAGAGCAGGGGUGGCAGAUCCCAGCUAGAUCUGCCUCCGUUUUGCUGGUCAAAACCUCUUCCCUACAAUCCUGAUUGUUUAGCUAGGGGCUGGGGGAAGGGAAAGGUUGCAGGCUCCACCUGCAGCCUGUAUCUCAUCUGGUUUAUUUGUAAAUAUAUUAUUUAUUAAGUCCUGUGGGUAGCAUCAGGACCUUCAUUCUGUUGCAUUUCCCACUUCUUCCACAAAUGGAAUCAAAUGACCUGAAACACAGAAUUCUGGUGAGGUCACAGCUCUGCUGGCAGAGAUUAUUAUCACUUGGCUUCUGUCCUUUGGCUUGAGUGUCUUGUAUUGUUAUUGUCAUAACUUUUAUUUUUAGAGUUCUUUCUCCUAUUUGCUUGUUGGUUUGUUUAAAAUGGAAAUAGUGAUUCUCUGUGUCCUAUACCUCUAACUCUAGGUCUAGAACCUUUAUUGUUUCUAGGGCAAGCCCUAGAGACAAAUAGUAUGGGUCAGGAACCCUUUCUGGUAUUCUGAAUAUUGCAACUUCUCUAGCAGGCUAGAAUUUUUUCCAUCUUCUUCAAGGAUGAUAGGAAUGUUUGUGGUGAACCCAAAAAUGAAUAUCAUAAAUGCCUCCUGAAGCCUCAUCUACCUAAGUGAAGGUUGGUUGGUAGUUUUUCUUGCAAGAUAGUUCAGAACGUAAGUGGUCCCUUUAAGCUGAUCACCUAGGUUUUACUGCAGUGCAUCCAUCUGUCGCAGUAGAACCCUCAAGGAGUUAAGUUGAACCCAAAAUGUUCCCACUGGGCCUGUUCUUAGCACUGACUUGAUACCUCCAUGGGAAAGAAAUCUGAGAUUAUGUGACCUUUUAGGAUGUCUCUCAAUCUCUAAGAAUGUUAGGAUCUGCAGAGUAUUAUGACACUCCUUACCUUAACUAAGGUAAAGGUUCAUGAACCAUUAUUUACUGCAUAAGAUCUGAAUUUGAAGAAUUCCUUGGAGUUUUUUCCUCCUUGAGAUGAACCCCUUCCUUUAGUGGAUUUUUGGACAUCUGUGGGUAAGUGUCCAGAUUUAAGAAGCUACUUUGUCUCUCUGAAUUGCAGGUUCUUUGUAAUUUUCUUCCUUUAGAAAAAUCUGUGUCUGUGAUCUAGUCUUCCUAUCACAGCAUCCCUGUCUGGAACCAGUGAAUGCACUAGAACCUUCCACAAGAAGA